AUGAAUGCCGUUCUGUUAGGGUUUACGUGUCUUCUGCUCCCGCUUCUGGGAUCGACGCAAUUCCUGGAUAUGGCCUGUGGGAUUCGAGCUCCUAGUCCCGCAUCUUCGCGGGCCAAGAAUGCAACAAUCGCCAGCCUAACUUCGAGUCCCUGGAUGGUUUUUCUCCACUCCACUGACGAUAGAUUCGUUUGUGGCGGAACUUUGAUCACAAACCGACUCGUGUUAACCGCCGCGCAUUGCUUCCUCGAUGGAACCCAGCUAAUUGCUCGACUGGGAGAGUAUGAUAGAGAGGCAUCUGACACGUGUCACGAUAGUUACUGCACCUAUCGAAUCGAAGCGUUUGUGGAGAGGGGCUUCAGGCACCGACUAUACAGGAAAUCGACGAUGUCACACGACAUAGCCAUUCUGCGACUGUACAAAAAGGUGCAGUACACAGACAACAUCAGGCCCAUCUGCAUUGUAACAGAUACCAGGUGGAGGCACUUCAUCGACUCCUUGGACCCACUGACUGGCACUGGAUGGGGCAGGACGGAGUCUGAGCCGGACAGUGGCAAACUGAGGAGCGUCGACUUGUUUCGCAAAGGUCCGGAGGUGUGCCAGAGGUAUGCUAAACUAACCCUGACGACCAACCAGUUUUGCGCUGGCAACGAGUAUAGCAAUCUGUGCAACGGCGACUCCGGCGGUCCGCUGGGCGCCUUGAUCCCAUUCGGAAAAUCGAAACGCUUCAUCCAAGUGGGAAUCGCUAGCUUCACGAACCCGCAAUGCCUGAUGGUCAGCGCUUUCACCGAUGUGCUGAGCUAUAUCGACUGGAUCCGCACUGUGCAUAACUUCCGCACAUAA